ACGAGCCUUAAUAUCCUGGGCAAUAGCUGGUGAGUGGCCUCCGCAUGGCCUUGAGAUGUUCACAAGGAUUGUCUUCAGUCAUGGCCUUGGGUUUGAAGUGCUUCCGAUUGGUCCACCCUGCCUUUUGCAGCUCCCUUGCAGCCUUCACCAGACCUGUUUCAGAAAUUACGCUGAAGGCAGUGAAUGGAAGACAAAAUAACCAUGGGCAAUACGUGGCCUCUCCAGCUGUACCAACCCGUCUUUUUGCUACCAAGAAAGCCAAAGCCAAAGGGAAAGGACAGCCCCAAACCAGAGUGAAUCUUAACACUGCCUUGGUUGAGGACAUAAUCAGCUUGGAAGAGGUGGAAGAAGAAAUGAAGUCUGUGAUGGAAGCACUCAAGGAUAAUUUCAAUAAGACUGUCAAUAUAAGGACCUCACCAGGAUCCCUGGAUCAUAUCACUGUGGUAACUGCUGAUGGGAAGCUAGCUUUAAACCAGAUUGGCCAGAUCUCCAUGAAGUCACCACAGCUGAUUUUGGUGAAUAUGGCCAGCUUCCCAGAGUGUACAGCUGCAGCUAUCAAGGCUAUAAGAGAAAGUGGAAUGAAUCUGAACCCAGAAGUGGAAGGGACGCUAAUUCGGGUACCCAUUCCCAAAGUAACCAGGGAGCACAGGGAAAUGCUGGUGAAACUGGCCAAACAGAACACCAACAAAGCCAAAGACUCUUUACGGAAGGUCCGUACCAGCGCAAUGAAUAAGCUGAAGAAGUCAAAGGACAAGGCCUCGGAGGACACCAUUCGGCUCAUAGAAAAACAGAUCAGCCAAAUGGCCGACGACACAGUUGCAGAGCUGGACAGGCAUCUGGCAGUGAAGACUAAGGAACUCCUUGGAUGAAAGUCCACCGGGGCCAGCAGUACCUCAGAGCCCAGUUUCUAGUGCAUUCCCUGGGUGGCGAAUUGGCGUCUCUCCUCCCUAUCCACACAGAAGGCCGUCACUGUACUUGUCAGUCCUUGUGAGGCCCAGCCUUCCAGUGGGACACCCAGAUUUGUUCAUUCUCUUCCUCUCUUCCCCUGUCCCCCCAGUCUGCUCUAGGUCUUCUGGUAUGGGCAGCCCUCGGAGAAUAUCUGUUGCUGACAGAGGGCUUGUACUUAGGGCAUUUGCCGUAACUGUGACGUUGCCAAAUGCCUAGGACCACUGCAGGCUUAGCCCCGACGGCUCCUCAUGUCGGGAGCCUCCUUUUCAAACAUUUAGUAGGGCCCUGGCCCCAACUUUAAACUUCGCUUGGGCUGAUGUGGACCUUCGCCUGUGACUGGAUAACUUCGCUAGAGGCCCAUUUUUACCAGUCAAUAAAAUCAAAAUGAAUUAGAAAGAAUAAUAACCAUAAGAAAAACAGUAGAGUCAGUCUGGAUUAAUGACCUCUGAGGACCUGUGGGUAAAGCAUCCAGAACAGACUUUUGACUCUGAGUCAUCUUCACACACUUUCUCCUUUACCUGGACCAGUCCUCACCUGGCAGUCCUGAUCAUCCUUCACCUCUCAGCUGAGACAACAGUUCUUCUGGGAAGUCUUCCUUCUCCCCGCAACUGAGGACCCCUAUUAUUGGCUCCCAUAGCACCGUCUACUGUUUCUAUCUGAACCUUAAUUAUUCUUUUUGGUAAUUGUCUGUAUAUUCAGUAGCCUCAGAAUUCGGCAUAAUGCCUGGAACAUAGUAGGCAUUCAAAUGUGUUGUGAAUGAAUUACGCAUAGUGGCUACUCAACAAAUGCUGGCUUUUCCUUUCCUUCCAGUCUUAAUACUGUCAUUCUGUCAUUUUCUGCUUUUGCCUCUGUCCUCAACAUUUACUUGGUUAUGGGAGACUCUUCCUCCAGGGUCUGCCUGUUACUGGUUUGCUGUGGCUCAUUUUUUGAGUACUGGGUCAAAUUAUUAGUACAAUAAUUCUUUUAUUUGUUCAUUAUUAGUUCAUUCAUUCAUUUGUAAUAUAGCCAACAUGAACUAGAUAAAAUUCUAGACAAUAUUUUUGAUCUUCACAAUAAACUUGCAAGAUGUAUAUUAUCUCCAUUUUACAAAUAGGAAAACUGAGACUUGACAAUAUUAGAUAAUUUGCCCAAAGCAACAAAGCUAAUAAGAGAGUUUUAUUAUUCAUUGUCUCAUUUUACAGAGAGGGAAGAGCUCAGAGAGGUGAGGUCUCUUGCCCAGGGUUAUAUAGCUAGCACGUAGCAGAGCUAGGAUUCAGAUUGAGGCCUGAUCUAAAGCAUGUGUUCUACCCACUACAUCCUGGUCACUUCAUAAACAUUUAGUGAGCACCAAGUGUGUGAUGGGUACUAUGAUACACGCUGGGAAUACAAACGGGGGUAAGACAUGACCCCUGUCUUUGAGGAGGGUGUGAUGCACUGGACUAAGUUGCUAUUUAUGUCUCGAGUGAAAGGGAGGAAGUUCGCUCCGGUUCUGUCAAAUGUCUGUCUUCAGAAUGGCACUUACCUUGGCAGCAGCAGGCCUGGCCGCGUUCCUUUGAAGCAGCAUCCAGCUUCUCUUUGCUGUUUGACCCCUCAGAGGCUCCGUCCCAUGCUAGAGGUAAUAAGGGGUGCACUUUUCCCUCCGCUUGGACUGGUGGAGUGUGCUGCACGACAGCUAGUGGACACUCACGGUCAGAAUUAGGUCGGAGAUGAAAGAAGCGGACAGUCUCCUGCCCCGCUUACCUGUCUUUCUUGGUCAGACGCCAUUCACCGGCCCUGAGUGGUCAUCACAUGACUGGAGGUCAGCUAAACGAAGAACAGGGAUGGAAGGAGCAGUCAAGGAGCCUCUUUUGGGGUAAGCCACAUGGCGAGGGCUUUGCAACAGUCUUUCCCGAGUGGCCGAAAUCCCCCACUCACUGCAAAUGUGCUUCUCAAAGAUGCAGGAUUUUUUAAUAAACAGAGGAAAUGAUAAAUUAUGUUGUAACUCCACUCCAAAGGCAUUUGGUUCUUAACAGCCAAAUCCUCUGUAGUCUUUAAAUAAACAAAAACUUAUUUGGUGAACAGACGGGGGGGAAAUUGAAAGAUUUUCUGUACUUGGGUUCCACAUGUCAACAAUUUCUCUCCUGUGUGUAUGUUGGCCAAAGCCGUAUAUCAUGAUAAAUGAAUAAAGGAAAACCUUGGGCCCAGGGCAGUCAGACA